ACCGGCGGGGAGCUGCACAGCGCUAAACUACAAUCCGGGAAGGAGAAGGAGCCGCUGGAGAAGCUGUACCGGGUGGGCCCGUUGCUGGGGAGCGGCGGCUUCGGCACGGUGUACUCGGGUAUCCGCCUCGCCGACAGCAUCCCGGUGGCCGUCAAGUACGUGGCCCGGGAGCGCAUCUCCGAGUGGGGCGAGCUGCCCAGCGGCACCCGUGUGCCGAUGGAGAUCGUGCUGCUGAACAAGGUGGGCUCCGGCUUCCGCGGCGUCAUCCACCUCCUGGACUGGUUUGAGCUGCCCGACAGCUUCGUGUUGGUUCUGGAGCGUCCGGAGCCUUCUCAGGAUCUUUUUGACUUCAUCACGGAGCGGGGGUCCCUGUCGGAGGAGCUGGCGCGGGGGCUUUUCCGCCAGGUGCUGGAGGCCGUGCGGCACUGCAACAACUGCGGCGUCCUGCACCGCGACAUCAAGGACGAGAACAUCCUCAUCGACCUCUCCACCGGCGAGCUCAAGCUCAUCGACUUCGGUUCCGGCACCUUCCUCAAGGACACCGUCUACACCGCCUUUGACGGAACGCGGGUGUACAGCCCGCCGGAGUGGGUGCGCUACCACCGCUACCACGGCCGCCCGGCCACCAUCUGGUCCCUGGGUGUCCUGCUCUACAACAUGGUCUGCGGGGACGUCCCCUUCGAGCAGGAUGAGGACAUCAUCCGGGGUCAGGUCUUCUUCCGACGGCGAGUUUCUCGAGAGUGCCAGGAUCUCAUCGGGUGGUGUUUGUCCAUGCGCCCCUCGGACAGACCGUCUUUGGAGGACGUUUUUAACCAUCCUUGGCUGCAAGGCAUUCACCUGCCCCAGGAGACGGCAGAGAUCCACCUGCACAGUUUGAUCCAGGAGCCUGGCAAGUAACGGCUCCACAUAUCUCCUGCCCAGAAGAAGCAAAGAAAACCAGGCAACUUCCUCGUGACCUUAGCACUGAGCAGGGAUCAUCAGAUGGGAACGUGCACAUCUUGUCCUGGAGACCUGCUCUUCCAAGCGCUGAUGGCCACAUCUUAUCCUGGAGCUCUGCUGGAGAAUUCCAAGUGCUGGUGGCCACAUCUUGACCUGGAGCUCUACUGGAGACCUGCUCUUCCAAGCGCUGGUGGUCACCACCCAACCCAGCUCUCCUGGGCUCCAUCCGAGUGACCCUGUGUCAUUUGAUGUUUUGCCAGUAAAUUGUUUUUUGGGGGUUGGUUCUGGUUUUGGAGGCUUCCAAGUGUCUUCCCAACCUGCUGAACUUGGGACCACCAGAGGAUCUGAGACCUUAUUGCGAGAAAAGCUUCAAUGGGGGGGAAAACUGACUUGGGGGGAGGGCAGGUACCGCGGCCGAACGGCUGUCUCUUCUCCGCUGUCACCGUGCUCGAGUGCCUUCAGUUGCGAACUGGGCUGUGCUGGAGAAAAGACUUGAAUUUUUCCUACACUGCUGCUUUUUUCCAAGACUCGCCUGGCUGUAGGGUUCCUUUUUCCCUUUUCAAAGAGAAAACGGGUCAGAAGAUGCUUGGGAGCCAAGCGGGCGAUGCCUCGCCUCCCGUGCCUCCAGCUCGCCUGGAUUUUUCUGGGCUUCUUUGCUUCCCUGUGCCCUCACAAAUGCACAAACAAUGCAAUCCAACAGAGCUGUAAAUUGUGUACAAAGUUCUUUUAGGAGCAAAGCUUGAAGUACAGUUGUUCGUAGGGAUAACAUUUUACCUUGUUUCUUUUUUUUUAUUAUUAUUUUUCCCCCAGGUUUUCAUUUUUAAUUUAUUUUCAUGGAUUUGUUUUGGUUUGUCUUUUUUUUUUUUUUAAAAGGAAGAGUUCUAGCCGGUAGGAUAACUUAUUUAUUUAUUUAUAACUCAACGUGGGUUUCCGACCCACGUCUUGCUUCUACGGCUGCUGAUCCCCCCCCAGACCCCCUUUCCCAGGUUUUCCAUCCGGCUUUUCCCUCCGUGUCUGUCCUGUGUCCGUCCCCGGGCCCGUGGUGUUUCUUGGGGAGGUGUGGAGCAGCUGCCCGCUCCCCAUGUACAUAGUUCUGGGUGCUGUUCUUUCCUUCCCACCUGCAGAUCUCCGUUUGCAGAUGAAAUUUGGGGUGUUUUUUUUUUCCCCCACGGGUGUCUUGGCUGGGGCUGGGGAGGGGGGGAGCCAGCCCAAGCUGUCUGCGCUGUCGAGUCUUUCCAUGUAACCAAGUGUGUAGCCGGCGGGUUGUUUGUUUUUUUUGUUGUUUUUGUUUUGUUAAAGAGUUCAUAUUGUACAGGGGAAUUCAGAAUCUUAUUUUUUUUAUGCGGUUUUAAAUAAAAACAAACAAAAAAAAAACAA